UUAUUGUUUGGUUCGCUUUUUUUUGUUCACUUUUAUCUUGGUUUUAUUUAUUUUUUUUGUCAUUUUUCUAUGAUUAUCCAUUGACGGAUUCGUUUGUAAUCAUUAAGUAUUAAAGAUUUUUUUGAUAAGAUAAAAUGGAACCAUCAAAACCAGUAGUUGGUUAUUGGGAUAUUCGUGGUCUAGCACAGCCAAUUCGUAUGUUAUUAUCAUAUGUUGGUGUUGAUUUCAUCGAUAAACGUUAUCAUUAUGGACAACCACCAACAUUUGAUCGAUCCGAUUGGUUGAAUGAAAAAUUUCAACUUGGUUUAGAUUUUCCAAAUCUACCAUAUUAUAUUGAUGGUGAUAUUAAAUUGACCCAAACAUUGGCCAUUUUACGGCAUUUGGCACGUCGUCAUAAUCUUGAUGGUGAAACUGAAGAAGACCGUAUACGGAUAUCACUUUGUGAACAACAAACAGUCGAUAUGGUCAUUGCCAUGGCACGUGUUUCAUAUGAUCCAAAUUGUGAAAAAUUGAAACCAGAAUAUCUUCGUACAUUACCAAAUCAAUUGGAAUUAAUGUCAAAAUUUAUUGGCGAUCUUCCAUUCGUCGGCGGUACAAAUCUAAGCUAUGUAGAUUUCUGUCUCUAUGAAUUAUUGGUCAAAUAUAAAGUGUUGACAUCGGAAAUUUUGGAACCAUUUGAAAAUCUACAAAAUUUCAUUAAACGUUUUGAAUCGAUGCCCAAAAUUGCUGCAUACAUUCGUGAACAGGAACCUAAACCAUUCAAUGGUGCUAUUGCUAAAUGGAAUGGUACAUAUCAAUAAAUCAAUCAAUUGAAUUUUUAAUUAAUUUUAAUGAGAAAGUAAAAUUCCUAUAAAAAAAAAUCUCCAAUGUAUUACUAAACAGAUUACUAAUAGAAAAAAAAUUGAAUAAAUUUCACACACACACACACAAAAACAAAAA